AUGUUCAGAGCUUCGCACAAUGCCAUAGGGACGGGGAGUGGGUGUGGUGCCAUGGGGAGUGGGGGUGGUGCCAUGGGGAGUGGGGGUGGUGCCAUGGGGAGUGGGGGUGGUGUCAUGGGGAGUGGGGGUGGUGCCAUGGGGAGUGGGGGUGGUGCCAUGGGGAGUGGGGGUGGUGUCAUGGGGAGUGGGGGUGGUGCCAUGGGGAGUGGGGGUGGUGCCAUGGGGAGUGGGGGUGGUGCCAUGGGGAGUGGGUGUGGUGCCAUGGGGAGUGGGUGUGGUGCCAUGGGGAGUGGGUGUGGUGCCAUGGGGAGUGGGGGUGGUGUCAUGGGGAGUGGGGGUGGUGCCAUGGGGAGUGGGGGUGGUGCCAUGGGGAGGAGUGGGGGUGGUGCCAUGGGGAGUGGGGGUGGUGCCAUGGGGAGUGGGGGUGGUGUCAUGGGGAGUGGGGGUGGUGCCAUGGGGAGUGGGGGUGGUGUCAUGGGGAGUGGGGGUGGUGCCAUGGGGAGUGGGGGUGGUGCCAUGGGGAGUGGGGGUGGUGCCAUGGGGAGUGGGUGUGGUGCCAUGGGGAGUGGGGGUGGUGCCAUGGGGAGUGGGGGUGGUGCCAUGGGGAGUGGGGGUGGUGUCAUGGGGAGUGGGGGUGGUGCCAUGGGGAGUGGGGGUGGUGUCAUGGGGAGUGGGGGUGGUGCCAUGGGGAGUGGGGGUGGUGCCAUGGGGAGUGGGGGUGGUGCCAUGGGGAGUGGGUGUGGUGCCAUGGGAAGUGGGGGUGGUGCCAUGGGGAGUGGGGGUGGUGCCAUGGGGAGUGGGGGUGGUGCCAUGGGGAGUGGGGGUGGUGUCAUGGGGAGUGGGGGUGGUGCCAUGGGGAGUGGGGGUGGUGUCAUGGGGAGUGGGGGUGGUGUCAUGGGGAGUGGGGGUGGUGCCAUGGGGAGUGGGGGUGGUGCCAUGGGGAGUGGGGGUGGUGUCAUGGGGAGUGGGGGUGGUGCCAUGGGGAGUGGGUGUGGUGCCAUGGGGAGUGGGGGUGGUGUCAUGGGGAGUGGGGGUGGUGCCAUGGGGAGUGGGGGUGGUGCCAUGGGGAGUGGGGGUGGUGCCAUGGGGAGUGGGUGUGGUGCCAUGGGGAGUGGGUGUGGUGCCAUGGGGAGUGGGUGUGGUGCCAUGGGGAGUGGGGGUGGUGUCAUGGGGAGUGGGGGUGGUGCCAUGGGGAGUGGGGGUGGUGCCAUGGGGAGGAGUGGGGGUGGUGCCAUGGGGAGUGGGGGUGGUGCCAUGGGGAGUGGGGGUGGUGUCAUGGGGAGUGGGGGUGGUGCCAUGGGGAGUGGGGGUGGUGUCAUGGGGAGUGGGGGUGGUGCCAUGGGGAGUGGGGGUGGUGCCAUGGGGAGUGGGGGUGGUGCCAUGGGGAGUGGGUGUGGUGCCAUGGGGAGUGGGGGUGGUGCCAUGGGGAGUGGGGGUGGUGCCAUGGGGAGUGGGGGUGGUGUCAUGGGGAGUGGGGGUGGUGCCAUGGGGAGUGGGGGUGGUGUCAUGGGGAGUGGGGGUGGUGCCAUGGGGAGUGGGGGUGGUGCCAUGGGGAGUGGGGGUGGUGCCAUGGGGAGUGGGUGUGGUGCCAUGGGAAGUGGGGGUGGUGCCAUGGGGAGUGGGGGUGGUGCCAUGGGGAGUGGGGGUGGUGCCAUGGGGAGUGGGGGUGGUGUCAUGGGGAGUGAGGGUGGUGCCAUGGGGAGUGGGGGUGGUGUCAUGGGGAGUGGGGGUGGUGUCAUGGGGAGUGGGGGUGGUGCCAUGGGGAGUGGGGGUGGUGGCAUGGGGAGUGGGGGUGGUGCCAUGGGGAGUGGGUGUGGUGCCAUGGGGAGUGGGUGUGGUGCCAUGGGGAGUGGGGGUGGUAUCAGGGAGUGGGGGUGGUGCCAUGGGGAGUGGGGGAGUGGGGGUGGUGCCAUGGGGAGUGGGGGUGGUGUCAUGGGGAGUGGGGGUGGUGCCAUGGGGAGUGGGGGUGGUGUCAUGGGGAGUAGGGGUGGUGCCAUGGGGAGUGGGGGUGAUGCCAUGGGGAGUGGAGGUGGUGCCAUGGGGAGUGGGGGUGGUGCCAUGGGGAGUGGGGGUGGUGCCAUGGGGAGUGGGGGUGGUGCCAUGGGGAGUGGGGGUGGCGCCAUGGGGAGUGGGGGUGGUGCCAUAGGGAGUGGGGGUGGUGUCAUGGGGAGUGGGGGUGGUGCCAUGGGGAGUGGGGGUGGUUCCAUGGGGAGUGGGGGUGGUGCCAUAGGGAGUGGGGGUGGUGCCAUGGGGAGUGGGGGUGGUGCCAUGGGGAGUGGGGGUGGUGCCAUGGGGAGUGGGGGUCGAGCCAUGGGGAGUGGGGGUGGUGCCAUGGGGAGUGGGGGUGGUGCCAUGGGGAGUGGGGGUGGUGCCAUGGGGAGUGGGGGUGGUGUCAUGGGGAGUGGGGGUGGUGCCAUGGGGAGUGGGGGUGGUGCCAUGGGGAGUGGGGGUGGUGUCAUGGGGAGUGGGGGUGGUGCCAUGGGGAGUGGGGGUGGUGCCAUGGGGAGUGGGGGUGGUGCCAUGGGGAGUGGGUGUGGUGCUAUGGGGAGUGGGUGUGGUGCCAUGGGGAGUGGGGGUGGUGCCAUGGGGAGUGGGGGUGGUGUCAUGGGGAGUGGGGGUGGUGCCAUGGGGAGUGGGGGUGGUGCCAUGGGGAGGAGUGGGGGUGGUGCCAUGGGGAGUGGGGGUGGUGCCAUGGGGAGUGGGGGUGGUGUCAUGGGGAGUGGGGGUGGUGCCAUGGGGAGUGAGGGUGGUGUCAUGGGGAGUGGGGGUGGUGCCAUGGGGAGUGGGGGUGGUGCCAUGGGGAGUGGGGGUGGUGUCAUGGGGAGUGGGGGUGGUGCCAUGGGGAGUGGGGGUGGUGCCAUGGGGAGUGGGGGUGGUGCCAUGGGGAGUGGGUGUGGUGCUAUGGGGAGUGGGUGUGGUGCCAUGGGGAGUGGGGGUGGUGCCAUGGGGAGUGGGGGUGGUGUCAUGGGGAGUGGGGGUGGUGCCAUGGGGAGGAGUGGGGGUGGUGUCAUGGGGAGUGGGGGUGGUGCCAUGGGGAGUGGGGGUGGUGCCAUGGGGAGUGGGGGUGGUGUCAUGGGGAGUGGGGGUGGUGCCAUGGGGAGUGGGGGUGGUGCCAUGGGGAGUGGGGGUGGUGCCAUGGGGAGUGGGUGUGGUGCUAUGGGGAGUGGGUGUGGUGCCAUGGGGAGUGGGGGUGGUGCCAUGGGGAGUGGGGGUGGUGUCAUGGGGAGUGGGGGUGGUGCCAUGGGGAGUGGGGGUGGUGCCAUGGGGAGGAGUGGGGGUGGUGCCAUGGGGAGUGGGGGUGGUGCCAUGGGGAGUGGGGGUGGUGUCAUGGGGAGUGGGGGUGGUGCCAUGGGGAGUGGGGGUGGUGUCAUGGGGAGUGGGGGUGGUGCCAUGGGGAGUGUGGGUGGUGCCAUGGGGAGUGGGGGUGGUGCCAUGGGGAGUGGGGGUGGUGCCAUGGGGAGUGGGGGUGGUGCCAUGGGGAGUGGGUGUGGUGCCAUGGGGAGUGGGUGUGGUGCCAUGGGGAGUGGGGGUGGUGCCAUGGGGAGUGGGGGUGGUGUCAUGGGGAGUGGGGGUGGUGCCAUGGGGAGUGGGGGUGGUGCCAUGGGGAGGAGUGGGGGUGGUGCCAUGGGGAGUGGGGGUGGUGCCAUGGGGAGUGGGGGUGGUGUCAUGGGGAGUGGGGGUGGUGCCAUGGGGAGUGGGGGUGGUGUCAUGGGGAGUGGGGGUGGUGCCAUGGGGAGUGGGGGUGGUGCCAUGGGGAGUGGGGGUGGUGCCAUGGGGAGUGGGUGUGGUGCCAUGGGGAGUGGGGGUGGUGCCAUGGGGAGUGGGGAUGGUGCCAUGGGGAGUGGGGGUGGUGUCAUGGGGAGUGGGGGUGGUGCCAUGGAGAGUGGGGGUGGUGUCAUGGGGAGUGGGGGUGGUGCCAUGGGGAGUGGGGGUGGUGCCAUGGGGAGUGGGGGUGGUGCCAUGGGGAGUGGGUGUGGUGCCAUGGGGAGUGGGGGUGGUGCCAUGGGGAGUGGGGGUGGUGCCAUGGGGAGUGGGGGUGGUGCCAUGGGGAGUGGGGGUGGUGUCAUGGGGAGUGGGGGUGGUGCCAUGGGGAGUGGGGGUGGUGCCAUGGGGAGUGGGGGUGGUGUCAUGGGGAGUGGGGGUGGUGCCAUGGGGAGUGGGGGUGGUGCCAUGGGGAGUGGGGGUGGUGCCAUGGGGAGUGGGUGUGGUGCCAUGGGGAGUGGGUGUGGUGCCAUGGGGAGUGGGGGUGGUGUCAGGGAGUGGGGGUGGUGCCAUGGGGAGUGGGGGAGUGGGGGUGGUGCCAUGGGGAGUGGGGGUGGUGCCAUGGGGAGUGGGGGUGGUGUCAUGGGGAGUGGGGGUGGUGCCAUGGGGAGUGGGGGUGGUGUCAUGGGGAGUAGGGGUGGUGCCAUGGGGAGUGGGGGUGAUGCCAUGGGGAGUGGAGAUGGUGCCAUGGGGAGUGGGGGUGGUGCCAUGGGGAGUGGGGGUGGUGCCAUGGGGAGUGGGGGUGGUGCCAUGGGGAGUGGGGGUGGCGCCAUGGGGAGUGGGGGUGGUGCCAUAGGGAGUGGGGGUGGUGUCAUGGGGAGUGGGGGUGGUGCCAUGGGGAGUGGGGGUGGUUCCAUGGGGAGUGGGGGUGGUGCCAUAGGGAGUGGGGGUGGUGUCAUGGGGAGUGGGGGUGGUGCCAUGGGGAGUGGGGGUGGUGUCAUGGGGAGUGGGGGUGGUGCCAUGGGGAGUGGGGGUGGUGCCAUGGGGAGUGGGGGUGGUGUCAUGGGGAGUGGGGGUGGUGCCAUGGGGAGUGGGGGUGGUGUCAUGGGGAGUAGGGGUGGUGCCAUGGGGAGUGGGGGUGAUGCCAUGGGGAGUGGAGGUGGUGCCAUGGGGAGUGGGGGUGGUGCCAUGGGGAGUGGGGGUGGUGCCAUGGGGAGUGGGGGUGGUGCCAUGGGGAGUGGGGGUGGCGCCAUGGGGAGUGGGGGUGGUGCCAUAGGGAGUGGGGGUGGUGUCAUGGGGAGUGGGGGUGGUGCCAUGGGGAGUGGAGGUGGUGUCAUGGGGAGUGGGGGUGGUGCCAUGGGGAGUGGGGGUGGUGCCAUGGGGAGUGGGGGUGGUGCCAUGGGGAGUGGGGGUGGUGCCAUGGGGAGUGGGGGUGGUGUCAUGGGGAGUGGGGGUGGUGCCAUGGGGAGUGGGGGUGGUGCCAUGGGGAGUGGGGGUGGUGCCAUAAUGAGUGGGGGUGGUGCCAUGGGGAGUGGGGGUGGUGCCAUGGGGAGUGGGGGUCGAGCCAUGGGGAGUGGGGGUGGUGCCAUGGGGAGUGGGGUUGGUGCCAUGGGGAGUGGGGGUGGUGCCAUGGGGAGUGGGGGUGGUGUCAUAGGGAGUGGGGGUGGUGCCACCGGGAGUGGGGGUGGUGCCAUGGGGAGUGGGGGUGGUGUCAUGGGGAGUGGGGGUGGUGCCAUGGGGAGUGGGGGUGGUGCCAUGGGGAGGAGUGGGGGUGGUGCCAUGGGGAGUGGGGGUGGUGCCAUGGGGAGUGGGGGUGGUGUCAUGGGGAGUGGGGGUGGUGCCAUGGGGAGUGGGGGUGGUGUCAUGGGGAGUAGGGGUGGUGCCAUGGGGAGUGGGGGUGAUGCCAUGGGGAGUGGAGGUGGUGCCAUGGGGAGUGGGGGUGGUGCCAUGGGGAGUGGGGGUGGUGCCAUGGGGAGUGGGGGUGGCGCCAUGGGGAGUGGGGGUGGUGCCAUAGGGAGUGGGGGUGGUGUCAUGGGGAGUGGGGGUGGUGCCAUGGGGAGUGGGGGUGGUUCCAUGGGGAGUGGGGGUGGUGCCAUAGGGAGUGGGGGUGGUGUCAUGGGGAGUGGGGGUGGUGCCAUGGGGAGUGGGGGUGGUAUCAUGGGGAGUGGGGGUGGUGCCAUGGGGAGUGGGGGUGGUGCCAUGGGGAGUGGGGGUGGUGUCAUGGGGAGUGGGGGUGGUGCCAUGGGGAGUGGGGGUGGUGUCAUGGGGAGUAGGGGUGGUGCCAUGGGGAGUGGGGGUGAUGCCAUGGGGAGUGGAGGUGGUGCCAUGGGGAGUGGGGGUGGUGCCAUGGGGAGUGGGGGUGGUGCCAUAGGGAGUGGGGGUGGUGUCAUGGGGAGUGGGGGUGGUGCCAUGGGGAGUGGGGGUGGUAUCAUGGGGAGUGGGGGUGGUGCCAUGGGGAGUGGGGGUGGUGCCAUGGGGAGUGGGGGUGGUGCCAUGGGGAGUGGGGGUGGUGCCAUGGGGAGUGGGGGUGGUGCCAUGGGGAGUGGGGGUGGCGCCAUGGGGAGUGGGGGUGGUGCCAUAGGGAGUGGGGGUGGUGUCAUGGGGAGUGGGGGUGGUGCCAUGGGGAGUGGAGGUGGUGUCAUGGGGAGUGGGGGUGGUGCCAUGGGGAGUGGGGGUGGUGCCAUGGGGAGUGGGGGUGGUGCCAUGGGGAGUGGGGGUGGUGCCAUGGGGAGUGGGGGUGGUGUCAUGGGGAGUGGGGGUGGUGCCAUGGGGAGUGGGGGUGGUGCCAUGGGGAGUGGGGGUGGUGCCAUAAUGAGUGGGGGUGGUGCCAUGGGGAGUGGGGGUGGUGCCAUGGGGAGUGGGGGUCGAGCCAUGGGGAGUGGGGGUGGUGCCAUGGGGAGUGGGGUUGGUGCCAUGGGGAGUGGGGGUGGUGCCAUGGGGAGUGGGGGUGGUGUCAUGGGGAGUGGGGGUGGUGCCAUGGGGAGUGGGGGUGGUGCCAUGGGGAGUGGGGGUGGUGUCAUGGGGAGUGGGGGUGGUGCCAUGGGGAGUGGGGGUGGUGCCAUGGGGAGGAGUGGGGGUGGUGCCAUGGGGAGUGGGGGUGGUGCCAUGGGGAGUGGGGGUGGUGUCAUGGGGAGUGGGGGUGGUGCCAUGGGGAGUGGGGGUGGUGUCAUGGGGAGUAGGGGUGGUGCCAUGGGGAGUGGGGGUGAUGCCAUGGGGAGUGGAGGUGGUGCCAUGGGGAGUGGGGGUGGUGCCAUGGGGAGUGGGGGUGGUGCCAUGGGGAGUGGGGGUGGCGCCAUGGGGAGUGGGGGUGGUGCCAUAGGGAGUGGGGGUGGUGUCAUGGGGAGUGGGGGUGGUGCCAUGGGGAGUGGGGGUGGUUCCAUGGGGAGUGGGGGUGGUGCCAUAGGGAGUGGGGUGGUGUCAUGGGGAGUGGGGGUGGUGCCAUGGGGAGUGGGGGUGGUAUCAUGGGGAGUGGGGGUGGUGCCAUGGGGAGUGGGGGUGGUGCCAUGGGGAGUGGGGGUGGUGUCAUGGGGAGUGGGGGUGGUGCCAUGGGGAGUGGGGGUGGUGUCAUGGGGAGUAGGGGUGGUGCCAUGGGGAGUGGGGGUGGUGCCAUGGGGAGUGGAGGUGGUGCCAUGGGGAGUGGGGGUGGUGCCAUGGGGAGUGGGGGUGGUGCCAUGGGGAGGAGUGGGGGUGGUGUCAUGGGGAGUGGGGGUGGUGCCAUGGGGAGUGGGGGUGGUGUCAUGGGGAGUGGGGGUGGUGCCAUGGGGAGUGGGGGUGGUGCCAUGGGGAGUGGGGGUGGUGCCAUGGGGAGUGGGGGUGAUGCCAUGGGGAGUGGGGGUGGUGUCAUGGGGAGUGGGGUGGUGCCAUGGGAGUGGGGGUGGUGCCAUGGGGAGUGGGGGUGGUGCCAUGGGGAGUGGGGGUGGUGUCAUGGGGAGUGGGGGUGGUGCCAUGGGGAGUGGGGGUGGUGUCAUGGGGAGUGGGGGUGGUGCCAUGGGGAGUGGGGGUGGUGUCAUGGGGAGUAGGGGUGGUGCCAUGGGGAGUGGGGGUGAUGCCAUGGGGAGUGGAGGUGGUGCCAUGGGGAGUGGGGGUGGUGCCAUGGGGAGUGGGGGUGGUGCCAUGGGGAGUGGGGGUGGCGCCAUGGGGAGUGGGGGUGGUGCCAUAGGGAGUGGGGGUGGUGUCAUGGGGAGGAGUGGGGGUGGUGUCAUGGGGAGUGGGGGUGGUGCCAUGGGGAGUGGGGGUGGUAUCAUGGGGAGUGGGGGUGGUGCCAUGGGGAGUGGGGGUGGUGCCAUGGGGAGUGGGGGUGGUGUCAUGGGGAGUGGGGGUGGUGCCAUGGGGAGUGGGGGUGGUGUCAUGGGGAGUAGGGGUGGUGCCAUGGGGAGUGGGGGUGAUGCCAUGGGGAGUGGAGGUGGUGCCAUGGGGAGUGGGGGUGGUGCCAUGGGGAGUGGGGGUGGUGCCAUGGGGAGUGGGGGUGGUGCCAUGGGGAGUGGGGGUGGCGCCAUGGGGAGUGGGGGUGGUGCCAUAGGGAGUGGGGGUGGUGUCAUGGGGAGUGGGGGUGGUGCCAUGGGGAGUGGGGGUGGUGUCAUGGGGAGUGGGGGUGGUGCCAUGGGGAGUGGGGGUGGUGCCAUGGGGAGUGGGGGUGGUGCCAUGGGGAGUGGGGGUGGUGCCAUGGGGAGUGGGGGUGGUGUCAUGGGGAGUGGGGGUGGUGCCAUGGGGAGUGGGGGUGGUGCCAUGGGGAGUGGGGGUGGUGCCAUGGGGAGUGGGGGUGGUGCCAUGGGGAGUGGGGGUGGUGCCAUGGGGAGUGGGGGUCGAGCCAUGGGGAGUGGGGGUGGUGCCAUGGGGAGUGGGGUUGGUGCCAUGGGGAGUGGGGGUGGUGCCAUGGGGAGUGGGGGUGGUGUCAUGGGGAGUGGGGGUGGUGCCAUGGGGAGUGGGGGUGGUGCCAUGGGGAGUGGGGGUGGUGUCAUGGGGAGUGGGGGUGGUGCCAUGGGGAGUGGGGGUGGUGCCAUGGGGAGGAGUGGGGGUGGUGCCAUGGGGAGUGGGGCUGGUGCCAUGGGGAGCGGGGGUGGUGUCAUGGGGAGUGGGGGUGGUGCCAUGGGGAGUGGGGGUGGUGUCAUGGGGAGUAGGGGUGGUGCCAUGGGGAGUGGGGGUGAUGCCAUGGGGAGUGGAGGUGGUGCCAUGGGGAGUGGGGGUGGUGCCAUGGGGAGUGGGGGUGGUGCCAUGGGGAGUGGGGUUGAUGCCAUGGGGAGUGGGGGUGGCGCCAUGGGGAGUGGGGGUGGUGCCAUGGGGAGUGGGGGUGGUGUCAUGGGGAGUGGGGGUGGUGCCAUGGGGAGUGGGGGUGGUUCCAUGGGGAGUGGGGGUGGUGCCAUAGGGAGUGGGGGUGGUGCCAUGGGGAGUGGGGGUGGUGCCAUGGGGAGUGGGGGUGGUGCCAUGGGGAGUGGGGGUGGUGCCAUGGGGAGUGGGGGUGGUGCCAUGGGGAGUGGGGGUGGUGCCAUGGGGAGUGGGGGUGGUGCUAUGGGGAGUGGGGGUGGUGUCAUGGGGAGUAGGGGUGGUGCCAUGGGGAGUGGGGGUGGUGCCAUGGGGAGUGGGGGUGGUGUCAUGGGGAGUGGGGGUGGUGCCAUGGGGAGUGGGGGUGGUGCCAUGGGGAGUGGGGGUGGUGCCAUGGGGAGUGGGUGUGGUGCCAUGGGGAGUGGGUGUGGUGCCAUGGGGAGUGGGGGUGGUGUCAGGGAGUGCGGGUGGUGCCAUGGGGAGUGGUGGUGGUGCCAUGGGGAGUGGGGGUGGUAUCAUGGGGAGUGGGGGUGGUGCCAUGGGGAGUGGGGGUGGUGUCAUGGGGAGUGGGGGUGGUGCCAUGGGGAGUGGGGGUGGUGCCAUGGGGAGUGGGGGUGGUGCCAUGGGGAGUGGGGGUGGUGCCAUGGGGAGUGGGGGUGGUGCCAUGGGGAGUGGGGGUGGCGCCAUGGGGAGUGGGGGUGGUGCCAUGGGGAGUGGGGGUGGUGUCAUGGGGAGUGGGGGUGGUGCCAUGGGAGUGGGGGUGGUGUCAUGGGGAGUGGGGGUGGUGCCAUGGGGAGUGGGGGUGGUGCCAUGGGGAGUGGGGUUGGUGCCAUGGGGAGUGGGGGUGGUGCCAUGGGGAGUGGGGGUGGUGCCAUGGGGAGUGGGGGUGGCGCCAUGGGGAGUGGGGGUGGUGCCAUGGGGAGUGGGGGUGGUGUCAUGGGGAGUGGGGGUGGUGCCAUGGGGAGUGGGGGUGGUUCCAUGGGGAGUGGGGGUGGUGCCAUAGGGAGUGGGGGUGGUGCCAUGGGGAGUGGGGGUGGUGCCAUGGGGAGUGGGGGUGGUGCCAUGGGGAGUGGGGGUCGAGCCAUGGGGAGUGGGGGUGGUGCCAUGGGGAGUGGGGGUGGUGCCAUGGGGAGUGGGGGUGGUGCUAUGGGGAGUGGGGGUGGUGUCAUGGGGAGAGGGGGUGGUGCCAUGGGGAGUGGGGGUGGUGCCAUGGGGAGUGGGGGUGGUGUCAUGGGGAGUGGGGGUGGUGCCAUGGGGAGUGGGGGUGGUGCCAUGGGGAGUGGGGGUGGUGCCAUGGGGAGUGGGUGUGGUGCCAUGGGGAGUGGGGGUGGUUCCAUGGGGAGUGGGGGUGGUGCCAUAGGGAGUGGGGGUGGUGCCAUGGGGAGUGGGGGUGGUGCCAUGGGGAGUGGGGGUGGUGCCAUGGGGAGUGGGGGUCGAGCCAUGGGGAGUGGGGGUGGUGCCAUGGGGAGUGGGGGUGGUGCCAUGGGGAGUGGGUGUGGUGCCAUGGGGAGUGGGGGUGGUGCCAUGGGGAGUGGGGGUGGUGUCAUGGGGAGUAGGGGUGGUGCCAUGGGGAGUGGGGGUGAUGCCAUGGGGAGUGGAGGUGGUGCCAUGGGGAGUGGGGGUGGUGCCAUGGGGAGUGGGGGUGGUGCCAUGGGGAGUGGGGUUGGUGCCAUGGGGAGUGGGGGUGGCGCCAUGGGGAGUGGGGGUGGUGCCAUGGGGAGUGGGGGUGGUGUCAUGGGGAGUGGGGGUGGUGCCAUGGGGAGUGGGGGUGGUUCCAUGGGGAGUGGGGGUGGUGCCAUAGGGAGUGGGGGUGGUGCCAUGGGGAGUGGGGGUGGUGCCAUGGGGAGUGGGGGUGGUGCCAUGGGGAGGAGUGGGGGUGGUGCCAUGGGGAGUGGGGGUGGUGCCAUGGGGAGCGGGGGUGGUGUCAUGGGGAGUGGGGGUGGUGCCAUGGGGAGUGGGGGUGGUGUCAUGGGGAGUAGGGGUGGUGCCAUGGGGAGUGGGGGUGAUGCCAUGGGGAGUGGAGGUGGUGCCAUGGGGAGUGGGGGUGGUGCCAUGGGGAGUGGGGGUGGUGCCAUGGGGAGUGGGGUUGGUGCCAUGGGGAGUGGGGGUGGCGCCAUGGGGAGUGGGGGUGGUGCCAUGGGGAGUGGGGGUGGUGUCAUGGGGAGUGGGGGUGGUGCCAUGGGGAGUGGGGGUGGUUCCAUGGGGAGUGGGGGUGGUGCCAUAGGGAGUGGGGGUGGUGCCAUGGGGAGUGGGGGUGGUGCCAUGGGGAGUGGGGGUGGUGCCAUGGGGAGUGGGGGUGGUGCCAUGGGGAGUGGGGGUCGAGCCAUGGGGAGUGGGGGUGGUGCCAUGGGGAGUGGGGUUGGUGCCAUGGGGAGUGGGGGUGGUGCCAUGGGGAGUGGGGGUGGUGUCAUGGGGAGUGGGGGUGGUGCCAUGGGGAGGAGUGCGGGUGGUGCCAUGGGGAGUGGUGGUGGUGCCAUGGGGAGUGGGGGUGGUGUCAUGGGGAGUGGGGGUGGUGCCAUGGGGAGUGGGGGUGGUGCCAUGGGGAGUGGGGGUGGUGCCAUGGGGAGUGGGGGUGGUGCUAUGGGGAGUGGGGGUGGUGUCAUGGGGAGUGGGGGUGGUGCCAUGGGGAGUGGGGGUGGUGCCAUGGGGAGUGGGGGUGGUGUCAUGGGGAGUGGGGGUGGUGCCAUGGGGAGUGGGGGUGGUGCCAUGGGGAGUGGGGGUGGUGCCAUGGGGAGUGGGUGUGGUGCCAUGGGGAGUGGGUGUGGUGCCAUGGGGAGUGGGGGUGGUGUCAGGGAGUGCGGGUGGUGCCAUGGGGAGUGGUGGUGGUGCCAUGGGAGUGGGGGUGGUGUCAUGGGGAGUGGGGGUGGUGCCAUGGGGAGUGGGGGUGGUGUCAUGGGGAGUGGGGGUGGUGCCAUGGGGAGUGGGGGUGGUGCCAUGGGGAGUGGGGGUGGUGCCAUGGGGAGUGGGGGUGGUGCCAUGGGGAGUGGGGGUGGUGCCAUGGGGAGUGGGGGUGGCGCCAUGGGGAGUGGGGGUGGUGCCAUGGGGAGUGGGGGUGGUGUCAUGGGGAGUGGGGGUGGUGCCAUGGGGAGUGGGGGUGGUGUCAUGGGGAGUGGGGGUGGUGCCAUGGGGAGUGGGGGUGGUGCCAUGGGGAGUGGGGGUGGUGCCAUGGGGAGUGGGGGUGGUGCCAUGGGGAGUGGGGGUUGUGCCAUGGGGAGUGGGGGUGGCGCCAUGGGGAGUGGGGGUGGUGCCAUGGGGAGUGGGGGUGGUGUCAUGGGGAGUGGGGGUGGUGCCAUGGGGAGUGGGGGUGGUUCCAUGGGGAGUGGGGGUGGUGCCAUAGGGAGUGGGGGUGGUGCCAUGGGGAGUGGGGGUGGUGCCAUGGGGAGUGGGGGUGGUGCCAUGGGGAGUGGGGGUCGAGCCAUGGGGAGUGGGGGUGGUGCCAUGGGGAGUGGGGGUGGUGCCAUGGGGAGUGGGGGUGGUGCUAUGGGGAGUGGGGGUGGUGUCAUGGGGAGAGGGGGUGGUGCCAUGGGGAGUGGGGGUGGUGCCAUGGGGAGUGGGGGUGGUGUCAUGGGGAGUGGGGGUGGUGCCAUGGGGAGUGGGGGUGGUGCCAUGGGGAGGAGUGCGGGUGGUGCCAUGGGGAGUGGUGGUGGUGCCAUGGGGAGUGGGGGUGGUGUCAUGGGGAGUGGGGGUGGUGCCAUGGGGAGUGGGGGUGGUGUCAUGGGGAGUGGGGGUGGUGCCAUGGGAGUGGGGGUGGUGCCAUGGGGAGUGGGGGUGGUGCCAUGGGGAGUGGGUGUGGUGCCAUGGGGAGUGGGGGUGGUGCCAUGGGGAGUGGGGGUGGCGCCAUGGGGAGUGGGGGGUGGUGCCAUGGGGAGUGGGGGUGGUAUCAUGGGGAGUGGGGGUGGUGCCAUGGGGAGUGGGGGUGGUGCCAUGGGGAGUGGGGGUGGUGUCAUGGGGAGUGGGGGUGGUGCCAUGGGGAGUGGGGGUGGUGCCAUGGGGAGGAGUGGGGGUGGUGCCAUGGGGAGUGGGGGUGGUGCCAUGGGGAGUGGGGGUGGUGUCAUGGGGAGUGGGGGUGGUGCCAUGGGGAGUGGGGGUGGUGUCAUGGGGAGUAGGGGUGGUGCCAUGGGGAGUGGGGGUGAUGCCAUGGGGAGUGGAGGUGGUGCCAUGGGGAGUGGGGGUGGUGCCAUGGGGAGUGGGGGUGGUGCCAUGGGGAGUGGGGGUGGUGCCAUGGGGAGUGGGGGUGGCGCCAUGGGGAGUGGGGGUGGUGCCAUAGGGAGUGGGGGUGGUGUCAUGGGGAGUGGGGGUGGUGCCAUGGGGAGUGGGGGUGGUUCCAUAGGGAGUGGGGGUGGUGCCAUAGGGAGUGGGGGUGGUGCCAUGGGGAGUGGGGGUGGUGCCAUGGGGAGUGGGGGUGGUGCCAUGGGGAGUGGGGGUCGAGCCAUGGGGAGUGGGGGUGGUGCCAUGGGGAUUGGGGGUGGUGCCAUGGGGAGUGGGGGUGGUGCCAUGGGGAGUGGGGGUGGUGUCAUGGGGAGUGGGGGUGGUGCCAUGGGGAGUGGGGGUGGUGCCAUGGGGAGUGGGGGUGGUGCCAUGGGGAGUGGGUGUGGUGCCAUGGGGAGUGGGGUGGUGCCAUGGGGAGUGGGGGUGGUGUCAGGGAGUGGGGGUGGUGCCAUGGGGAGUGGGGGUGGUGCCAUGGGGAGUGGGGGUGCUCGCUCUCUCCUGCAUCCCAGCGCUCUCCCUCUGCCUCGCUUCUGCCUUCCCUUCCCGCGGUUUCAUUCCCUCCCCUCCCCCUACCCUUUCGUCCUACCUGCUGGCCUUACCAAAACGCAGACUCAUCUCCUGCUCCCCGUGCUCCCACUGCUGCUGCUCACUUGCUUCUGCCUGCGCUUCAUGCUGGUGGCGGCACAGCGAGUACAGACGGCAGACUGUGAGUGCGCCCGAGCGAGUGGGGAGGCAGCAUGGAGUGGUGUGGGAAUGGGGUGGUAUGGGGUGAUGCGACGGUAUGGGAAGCCGUUGCGCAUUUCCUACAACGGUCAAUCGCUCUUCUCAACACACAAAUCACCCUUAACAUCGUUGUUCCGCCUCUCCCUGCCCCCUCUUUGCCUCUCCAUGCCCCCCUUCCUAUGCUACUACCUUGUUAUCACCCCGCCUUCCCUCCUUUCCCUCCCUUUCCUCCCUCCACUCCCUCUUCGCAUCCCCUCUCCCAACAACCCUCGCUCAUCUGUCGCACAACCCUCUUCCGGUCCCUGCGUGCCCCCAUGCCCCUCCCCGUGUGGCUUCCCUCCCCCCACACUCCACUGUGCCCGCUGA